AUGACAGAUCGGGGUCAUCAACAAUUGGGCAAGCUGCUAUUUGCGGUCAGUCAUCCUCCGAAAGAUAUGGAAACUUUCGUCGAGACCUUGAUAUCGGAUCAGGGUCGCACCAUCGACGAAUUGCUCCAAGACAAUAUUUUCAAGUGGUUUCCAAUUGUGGAAGCCUGCUACAUGGACAGCUAUGUUUAUGUAUCCUCCCAUGAUUCUGAAGACAAUGAUUCGAACAAGUAUUUGCCCUUACUUCAUAUGGCGAUGCUUCUGGUCACUUCGCCUGCUGCACUUGUAUCGGACGGUGGUCCAGUCUUCGACCAAAUGACCUUUCAUACGGACUUACACAAGGCCAUCAAUGCCUUGCUUGCUGUCGUCUCGUUAAACGCAAAGGCACACGUCCAUUUGAUACAGACUUUAGGCAUAGUUGCCCUGUACGAAUUUGGAAUUGGCGCCUUCGAACAGGCUCACAGGACUCUCACUUCGGCCUUUGUCAUGACAAGUCUGUGUCGUGAAUAUGGAGUGGAUAUGGAAGCGCAGCUUACCUGGAAACUGUGUUUGAUGACCCUCGACGUAAUGAUUGCCAUGUCAACGCAUAGCAGGCCCUGUGGCAGUGCCAUGGGUUAUGACCGUCAUUUACUGCCACUCAUAUGCGAUAGCAACCACCCCGUACGCAAAGAAGUUGGAUGGAUGAUGAAAAGAUACGAUCAUCAUGGUUACGAGUGCAGCUCCGAGGAGGCCGUUCAAAGAUUAGUGGAAAUGCAUGAGGGCGUGGUGAGCGCCCGUCGAAUUCUGCAGCGCAAUAAUGGGAAAGGAGACAGACCGAUUUAUGGUUCCGUCUUCGACUCUGACUCCGACUCCGAUGUUGAGCCGGGCACUAGUAGGAGCAGAUACCGCGGAAAUACAAGAUCUGCAGUGGAGGAAGAAAAGCUGACAAUGUUGGAUGACAAGGGUAACAUAACAGUUCCUGAUUACUGGAAAGGGCAUGAUCCCCAAGUCUUAAGUCUGAGUGCUAUGCUUGUCCACGAAUACCACGAAGGGCUGCCAAAGAACGGAGGGGGGCACGCUCCGGAGCGUACAGACUGGCGCGACAAGUGCGAAAAUGUUGCCCUGAAGGCCUGUGCAGCGCUUCUCACCAAGUCAAGAAGGGCAGACGUUGACAUUCGUCAACUCUCCAUGGUUAGCGUGUUUUGUAUCAUGCACAACAUGACUAUCAUAGUCAAAGAUCAUAAUUCCGACUAUGCUAUCAAAAGGGCCAAGACGUUCCUGCCAGUGAUGAACAAGUUUGCUGCGAGAUGGCCUUUUGCCCAUUUCUACCGGGAUUAUUUGAAGCGAUAUAUAGCUUUUGCUGAAAAUAUAUGGGAUGGUCCUCUCGAUUAUGAGAUGGGUUCGAAAUGGUAG